AAAGUAUUUUUUUUUAAGAAUCAACGUUUCAUGUUACAGAUGAUGGUCAUGUUAGCGCUCUGGAGCUCCAAGAUGUGCCAUGGUCUUCUCCAAUUCAACCAGAUUUGCCUGAAGCAGAAGAUGGUAGAUAUAAAGAUAUGUUCAAAGAUGAAGAUAUAACCAACAUUUCUUUUGUUCCUGGUGGUUACCUUACAAAAGAAGACACUGAUGAUAUACAAAAACAAGAUGACGGAGAAAAGUUUAUUCAUUCCGACGAGAAUGAUGACGAAUAUAAAGUGAACAAGGAAAAGCACUCUUCAGAGGAAGAGGUCAGAGAUGAAGAAAAUCCUUCAGAAGAAGUCAAAGAUGAAGAAAAUUCUUCAGAAGAAGUCAAAGAUGAAGAAAAUCUUCCAGAAGAGGAAGUAAAAGAGGAAGAAAACCCUUCAGGAAAAGAAAUAAACGAAGAAGAACACUCUUCAGAGGAAGAAGUCACAGAUGAAGAGAACCCUUCAGAGGAAGAAGUCACAGAUGAAGAGAACCCUUCAGAAGAAGUCAAAGAUGAAGAACAUUCAUCAGAAGAAGACAUUAACGAGGAAGAGAACCCUUCAAAAGAAGAAGUUACAGAUGAAGAUAACCCUUCAGAAGAAGUCACAGAUGAAGAGCAUCCUUCAGAAGAAGAAAGCACAGAUGAAGAGAACUCUUCAGAAGAAGAGAGCUACCAAUCAGAAAUAGAAAGUGAUUUGGUUAAUAACUAUAAUUCCCAAUUGCAUGAAGCUCUGGAAACAGUUGCCCUGUUGGUAGAAUCAGAGAAUGUGCCAGAUACAGACCUUACUGAACAAAUGGCCUUCGUCCCUAAAGCUCUGACUAAGGAUAACCUGGUGUGAAUUGUGAAGAAAUACACAAAUAGGUUUUUAACUUAUUUUAUGAUCUAAAUAUUUAAACAAGAGCCACUAAAUUGCCAGUAACACGACUAUUGUAUUUAUCUUUGUCAGAAUAAUAACAAUAAAAAACAUUUUAAAGUUGUUACUUCGAUUUUUAUAGAAUGUUCUCGUAUAUAUAGCUUAAUUUGUCAAGGAUUCUUUCGGUUUCUUUAUGUACUGUUUUUAUUUCAAUUUCUUGGUUGUUGAAUGAAUUAAAAAGCUUGAAUGCA